CUGCAGUGCGGGGACCCGCUCGCCCGCCGUCCCCGCGUCCGCGCGCAGCCGCCUGGGGCUUCGGGCGCCGCGCCUGCAGGAGGCCAGAAGUGGGGCCACCAUGGCGUCCCCGUCCUCUUGCCCGGCGGCGGAGGAGGACGAGAGCCUGAAGGGGUGCGAGCUGUAUGUGCAGAAGCAUGGUGUUCAGCAGGUCCUGAAGGACUGCAUCGUGCACCUGUGUGUGUCCAAGCCGGACAGGCCCAUGAAGUUCCUGCGGGAGCACUUCGAGAAGCUGGAGAAGGAGGAAACCAGACAGAUUCUGACGCAGCAGAAGUCAGACUCCCACGACGAGGAGGUCUCCCCGACCCCGCCGAACCCGGUGGUGAAAGCCCGCCGUCGCCGAGGGGGUGUGAGUGCCGAGGUGUAUACGGAGGAGGACGCCGUGUCCUACGUGAGGAAGGUUAUUCCCAAGGACUACAAGACCAUGACGGCACUCGCCAAGGCCAUCUCCAAGAACGUGCUGUUUGCUCACCUGGACGACAAUGAGAGAAGCGACAUAUUCGACGCCAUGUUCCCUGUCACGCACAUCGCCGGGGAGACUGUCAUCCAGCAAGGGGACGAAGGAGAUAACUUCUACGUGAUCGACCAAGGAGAAGUGGACGUAUACGUGAAUGGAGAGUGGGUGACGAGCAUCAGCGAAGGGGGCAGCUUUGGGGAGCUGGCGCUCAUCUACGGCACCCCCAGGGCAGCGACCGUGAAAGCCAAGACGGACCUCAAGCUCUGGGGCAUUGACCGGGACAGCUACCGGCGCAUCCUCAUGGGCAGCACCCUCAGAAAACGCAAGAUGUACGAGGAGUUUCUCAGCAAGGUCUCCAUCCUGGAGUCGCUGGAGAAGUGGGAGCGCCUGACCGUGGCUGACGCCUUGGAGCCUGUGCAGUUUGAGGACGGGGAGAAGAUCGUGGUCCAGGGGGAGCCCGGGGACGAUUUCUUCAUCAUCACGGAGGGCACGGCCUCCGUCCUCCAGCGCCGGUCCCCCAACGAAGAGUACGUGGAGGUGGGGCGCCUGGGGCCCUCCGACUACUUUGGUGAGUGUGGGUUCCCCGCCCUCUCAUAGGGGAACCCCAGAAGGGCCCUGAGGUGGAGAGUUGCGGGGGCGCCCGUGGGGGGCAGGCCGGGACACCCUCAACGGACAUGGCUGUCCCCAGGGAGGGCAUGACCUGGAGCCCCGAGUGACCCAAGUCCCUGCGGGGAGGCAGGACGGUGCCCAGCUGUGCUCCAAGGGUG